AUGAACACUUCGAGCGACGCCGAAAAUUGUGGCAAAGCUGACCCAAGUGAAGAAGAAUGCGAAAAGCUAAUCAAAUCAACCACAUUCAUCAAUGGCAUAAAAACCUUUGAGUGUUCCUCCGGCAUGGCGGCAGUGGAUAGCGUUCAAAAGAGCAGCGAUGGAGUUGAAAUAUACCUGAGCCAUAACACAUUGUCAGGCCACAUCAACAGUAUUAUGGGUCAGGUGAAUGAUUACUUCACCAAAACGAUAGAGGAGCAAAAGUCCAAAUGA